CACCAGGGCAGGGUGUAUUGUGGAGCUUUAUAAGAGUCACUCCUCAGCCAGGCAAUCGAACGGUGGAUACAAAGAGUUCUUUAUUUUUAAAAGGUGUAAGAUUGUCGGUGCAGAUUUGAAGGGUUUGCUCAAGGUGAUGGGCAGUGCUGGUCGAAGACUGACCAUGCUGCAUCAGAGCCGGACUGCGUUUGAGGAGGCGAUACUGACUAACCUGGAGAAACCCAGCCACCCGAAAGGCCUUGAGUGGACAGUGGUGGAACCAUCCAGUAACCCCCCCACCCCUGAUCGGACGCUGCCUGUCUACUUGUCCUACUUCGACAUGUUGCUAACCGAAGACUGUGCGUGGCUAUCGAAGGGGUUAGCCGAGCGUCCAGAACUUGACCACAGCUUGAAGACUGAGCCACACAAAGAGCCAGAACAAUGCCCCAUUGUGGACAGCCAGGAGCUUUGUGUGUCCACGGAGCUCGACUAUCAGAACAGUGUCCACAUAGAAGAAAGGUCUCUAGAACAGGUUCAGACCAUGGUGGUUGGAGAAGUUCUCAAGGAGAUAGAGACAGCCUGUAAGCUACUGAACAUUUCUGCAGACCCAAUGGAGUGGAGUAUAGGGAAUGUCCAGAAGUGGAUCUUAUGGACUGAACAUCAAUAUCGACUGCCACAGAUUGGGAAAUCCUUCCAGGAUCUCAGUGGGAAAGACCUCUGCUCCAUGUCGGAAGAGGAGUUCAGGCAGAGAUCUCCGAUGUGCGGUGAUAUUUUGUACGCACACUUAGACAUCUGGAAAUCUGCUGCUUGGAUGAAAGGGAAAUCUUCUCCUGGAGAUAACAGAUAUAAUGGCAGUGAUGAAGGCUGGAUGGACACAGAAGCUGAUUCCUCCUGCUCCGGCCAACCAAUUCACCUGUGGCAAUUCCUGAAGGAACUCUUGCUGAAGCCCCACAACUACGGCCGAUUCAUCCGUUGGCUGAACAAAGAAAAAGGUAUAUUUAAGAUUGAAGACUCUGCACAAGUUGCAAAAUUAUGGGGAAUUCGGAAGAACCGCCCGGCCAUGAACUAUGACAAGCUUAGCCGCUCCAUCCGGCAAUAUUAUAAGAAGGGCAUCAUCCGCAAGCCUGACGUCUCACAACGCUUGGUGUACCAGUUUGUACAUCCCGUAUGAGGGAAGGAACAUACACUUCAGAGCCCUCUGUGGUAUCACAUCCCAGACCAGGUGACUUCAAGGGAAUGUUUGAACACUUAAGACCCGAAGCCUGCCUAGAGGAUGUGAUUUACGUACAAAAACUCCCUGCCUGCUCUGCCUCUAUUUGUAUUUGCAUCUAACAAACUUUUUUUUUUCAGGUUGUUUUUCUUUUUGUUUCGUCGAUAGAAACUUCAAUUGGGCCCACUGUAUAUAAAACUCCAAAGGCCCAUCAAAUCGGAUGUCAAGUGAUCACAACCAAACCUUAUUCAUUUUCUCUAAUUUAACUACAUUUUGUUCUAUGACGGGAAGAGAGUAACCCAAUUAACAUUUCAGUCCCAAGUAGUGUUUCAGUAGUUUGGGACGGCACCAUGACUUUGAAUUUUGUCCAUGGUUUUAUUUCUACUUUUUCUAGUAUUGUAUGAUUUUUAACGUAAAUUCAAUCAUGAAGGUUUUUUUGUUCCAUUUUAUUGGAUGACCUUCAGAGUGAGCACUUGGGAUCCAGUAGAUAGUAUGAGACCUGGGCACCUGAGGUAGUCAAGGAAGCAAAUGGGUAGAUUUCUAUCCUCACAAAAAUGUACUGACAACAAAAUAUAGGCACAGUGGCCUGCAGAAUUAAAAUGUCUAUAAUUCAGUGCAAUGAAAAUAGUUCAUUAUAUUUAUGUAUAUUAUGUUCUUUCUCUCCUUCUUCUCUCUAUUGAUGAGAAGGAGAAGCAACGAGUGUUGCAGAUUCAUAGUGAAUGGAAUUAAAUAGAAAGUUUAAACCACCAAAAUAUUUUACUCGGUACAUUUGAAGCGUUAACAUUUUAUCCAUCUUCAGACCGAGUGACAGUCGUAGGAUAUCCAAAAAUGUCUUCUGAAUCUUAGGAGGAUAUACUAACGUCACGAAGAGUAGGGUCCCUACCUCUGACCGACACAUAGUUUUUCCAUUCAUCUAGCAGCGUAGAGAGUAAUAUUAGGUGUACAGCACACAGACUAACUGAUCAUCUCAAUGGGUCUAUAUUGUUCCACACCAGCCUUUUCCCAAUCCUCUUGUUCCAUUUUAUCUUGUGCUUAUCUCACUUUCCCUGCAGUUCUCACCUCAGCUGCUUUAUUUACAAAUUCAAACCUAUUGCAUAAGGAAAUGUCCACUGUAUUUGCUAUUAAAUUCCCGAGUUUAUCCAUAUCAGCAUCUACUUAUGGCCCCCCCCCCCCCACGUGGAAACACUUUUGAAUUAUUGUGGGCCCAUAUCUGGUCUUGACAGAGCACAUUCAUUCUUAAAUUCUCUUCUUGUGCAAUGUCUGAUGGUGGCUUGUAUUAUUGCAAAAAUGGGUAUGUCAUAAACCAGAUCCAACGAUGUUUGAAGAUGAAGUCUCCCAACUCUUCACACAACCAUCCAUCUCUAAUGAUUACUGCUGAGAGGAUGCGAGGGCGUUGAUACAGUUAAAACGUCAACGCUGAAUGUUUUUACCAAAUAACAAUGGAGUCACCCGAACCACGGAAAUGGUAUCUUUGAAUGCUACGAUUAUUUACUGUUGGAGAAUUGCCAUUAGGGUAAACUUGUUCCAUAACUGAAUCCCCAAAUACUUUAUGAAUUUUAGCCCUGAAACGAAGUCAUCAUUUUGAAUAAUCUUCAAUUUAAAACUUAGGCCAUUACUACAUUUGGCUUAAUCAGUCAAUUAAUCACAGCCUUAAAAGAUAUUUUGAACAAGGAGAAAACCCUGCCAGUAAACCACCUUGAGUUAAUAGCAGGAACUGAUUAAUAGAGUAUUUGGAAGUGCCAUAAUGUCUACAAUGUAAAUCAAAUUGUCAUGACUGUCUUAGACAAAAAUGGUCACACUUCAACAGUAUCUGUUCAUUGCUCAUGAAAAUAAGUAUCGAUCAAAGGGAUCAAACAACUAAACACAUGCCACGUUAAACAGUCCACUGACAAUGUUCCCAUUCACACUGCCUAAGUAUUGCAACAGUCUGGGAUAAAUCUUGUUAAAGAGCCACUCUCAAUUUUUCUUCUUGUUCAUUUCUACAUUUGAUAUACACAUAAACACAGCUAACUACACACUGCUUUUUUUAGAUAAUUGUACACACGAAAAAAUGUUGGGGUAUUUUUGAUAAGUUCACCACUGAUUGCUUUAAUGACAUUGCCCAGUUACAUCAGGGACGUAAGAUCACACUUCAGUUACAAACUGGAAAUUGGCAGGCAAACUUUGAAGUGUUUGCACAAUUAACCUUGGUUAAAAAUGGAAUGGAAUUUUACAAGCUUCAGAAUUGCACCUCAUACUACUUAUCACUGCCACCAGGAGCAAAGGUCAUGUAUUAAAAGUCACCCGAGUCUUUUCACCUUAGAGAAUCAAAGAAUAAUUAUCCACUUGCUCAGUCCUGCAGCAAAUACUCUUCCUGCCUUUUUAUGAAGAUGUGCCCUAUAUUUAUGGAGAAUCUGGAUCUAAAUGCCAGAUAGCAUUACAAUUUUUGUUAAAAUAAAUAUCUAUACUGCCUGUAUUAAACCAUUCGUCAUCAAUAAAAAGGGAACCAUAGACCUGAAAGAAUUUAACACUUUCAGGCCUGCUUUCAGCUUGUUCUACAAAAAGCAUGUGGACUGCUGUUGGCAAUUUGCUGCCUCUGUUUACUGUACCUUGUGUUUGUUUACAUGUCACUGCUGGCCCAUGACCCUGCUUGAAGUAAAUCAAUGGCUUUAGUGCCGAGGGGAAUGGUUAACACAUUCUCCAAAGGAAAAUUGUUCGGGGAAAAAAAAAGGCCUUAAAAAUCUUUAUUCACCUUUUAUUGGGAUCAGUCCACAUGGUGAAGCUCUCCAUUUGAGCACCAGAGGGGCGAUGAUAAUAUUAUUUGAGGGGAAUUAUUUCCAGACUUGUUGUUAAUCAGUACUGGCCCGGCCCAGUGAUAGAUGAAGGAGGUUUGUUGGAAUAGUUGCUGCAAAGUAAAAUCUGAGCUCAAAUCAACAAUACACCAUAAAAGCACACAAUGUGCUGGAGUAACUCAGUGGGUCAGACAACAUCACUGGAGAACAUGAACAGCUAACGUUUCGGGUCAGGACUCCAAAACAUCAGCUAUACAUAUUUUCUAGUCAUUGCCUGAGCAACUAAGUUAUUCCAGCAUUUUAUUUCUUUUUUUUGUAAACUAACAUCUGCAAGUUCCGUGUGUCUUCAACAAGACACCGAAUUUAGUUGUAGAAUUUUCUUCUUCUCUCUCCCUGGCAUUGGUCCCGAAGGGAAAGUCUACAAACCUCACAGUGCCUGGUAUUUGGCGCUGUUAGCAGGAGGAAAAGGUUACUCCGUUCAUAUUCUGUACAUCUUACACAUAUUGAGGGAACUUUAUUAGAUUAAAAAACUUAUGGAUUAUUUAAUGAUGCUUGCUAGUUUACUGGGAAAUAAAUUAUCUUUUACAGUGUAAUAUGUUACAGGAGGGACCAUUUUACAUGCCAGGGCAGGACACUUAUUUGUGGAAAAAUAAAUAGUGUUUGGGACUUAAUGACGUUUUCCUGGGAUUGGGUUCAUAUAUUCUCCUGUCACAAUUUUACUGUAAAUGCAGUAAGUUGUAGAAAUACCACAGUCGAGAUGAACAAACCCUGGCAAAGUUCACUUUUAUGAUAAUUUUU